AUGCUCGUGCUGGCAAAUGGUGUUCAAAUCGCAUCCAAACCCAAAGUUUUGCUCGUGUUCAACGCUGCGCAACAGACCGCGUUGGAGGACAGGGAGAAGUUCAAGACCGAAUUGGCGGCGGCUGUGGGGAGGAACAGAGCUAGUAUCGAUGGAGUUGCGACUCCAGGUACACCGGAUAGUCCGGCAGCGAUAUCUUCGCCUGCUGUGGCUACGCGUGCGGCGACGCCAGAUACAUCCGCUCCAGCAACUACUACGGGUUCUACAAGACCACCUUCCGAAACCGCUUCACCAGCACCAGCACCAACCACCUCCCGGUCACGCAAAACCAUCCCUCCGGCGAAGACAGACAUAGAACUUCGAAUCUCGGUCAUCAAAUCCAACCCCUCCCUCCGCGCACUCCACAAGGACAUCGUCAUCUCCGGAGCCAUGUCCGACUCGGAAUUCUGGUCGCAUCCCCAUCGUCAACGACUCAUCCGCGCCGAACGUGCCAAGCUCGAACAGCGUGCAGGUCGCAAUGCUCGCCUCGCAGAUCCCAAACCCACCCCGAACGAAGCCGGAGAAAUGAAGCUCAGCAUCACGCCGGAAUUGAUCCGCGAUCUGUUCGAACAGUUUCCCGUCGUCGCACGUGCGUACGAGGAAAACGUACCCUCGAAGUUGGACGAGGGAAGCUUCUGGACGAGGUACUUCCAGAGCAGGCUGUACCACAGGUUGAGGACGAGUGCUAGGAGUGCUGCUAGCGAACACAUUGUGAUGGAGGAUCCGAUCUUUGAUGCCUAUCUGGAGGAGGAGGAUGAUGGGCUGGAGCCUAGGAGGAAGGCCAACGUGCACGAUAGGUUGUUAGAUCUGGGUGCGACGGAGGAGGAUCAUGGCGAGACGGGCAAUGGCAAGGAUUGGACCAUGAGGGGUGGUGCCGAGAGGAGGACGUUGCCGUUGAUGAGGAGGUUCAACGACCACAGCAAGAGUCUGUUGGAUGAUGCACUGGGCGAGCAGGAGGAGGGGAUCGCGAGGAGGGUUGUCGGUGGGGUGGGCGAGGAGUAUGGCGAUGAUGACGCGGGCAAAGAGAGCGAGGAUUGGAUCAAGAACCAUUACUACAAGGACAUCGUCAUUGAUGAUCUGAAUGAAGAAGAGGAGACGGAUAAGAGGAGGUUGAGUGUCAAGAACUUGGAAGGGUAUUUCGAGGGCAGUCAGGGCGAUUCGAGCGCCGUCAAGACGACAGAUGCCGAGGUGAUGCCGACAUCGGUGGCCGAAUAUCUGGAGUACGUCGACAAGUUCAACGCCAGCCUACCCACCAGUAUUGCGCUAGGCAGCUUCAAACCUCUGUCUUCAGGCACUCAAGCCUCCAUGGCUCGAAUGCUGUCCAACCUGCGCUCGCGAUCCAUCAACCCCAAAUCCGCCUCCUCCGAUCUCAAAACCCUGCCCGAGCCAACGCAGAAAGCCGUCACCUCGCUUCAAGCCAGCACCACCGAGUUUCUGCGUCAGUUCUGGAAUUCGAUCGCACCCACCACCGACGACAACGACGCUGACGGCGGGAUGUGGAGUGCUAUUUCGUCGACAGAGACGGAAGAGAGGAGAAGGGAGGUGGAGGAGAACAGGCUGGUGCAGGCGCGCAAGAUGGCGUUGAACCUGGUCAAGUUUCGGGCAAAGGUGGAGAAGGUGUUUGAGGAAGCGGGGAGGGGGGUGGAUGAGCAGCGAGGUGUAAGUUCAACUGCGAUACACUCUCACAUCAUACAAGUCAAAACUUUUCGAGAGCAGUACAACGACGAUGGCAAAGCGUAUUCAUGUGUGAUAUCCCCUUGUCAGCCGACUCAAACUUUGAUGCAGUACGACGAUGAUGACAAGUUUUGA